AUGGCUGAGUUAUCGUUCAUGUCGGUGGAUCAUGACAUUGAUAUGUCCACCGUAGAAAUGGACAUUGACGAAAAGGUCUCUGAAUCGUCAUGUGUAGAACAAAACACUACAGAAGACGUUCCAAACUUCGAAAGGAUCGAAAAAAACAUUGAAAAUUUCGCCGAACAAAUUGAACGACGAACUGGCACCGAAACGGUCGAAAUAUGUGAAGAAACUGUCAAUCCUCAUGGUAAAGUGAACGCGGAGGACUUUAACGUCCUGAAGGUGUUUUUGGUGCAGAGAGCCACCGAAAGCAGUGACAAAGGAAAGUUCUACGCAAUGAAGGUGCUGAAAAAAGCCAGACUCGUUUGUAAUGAGAAAAAUACUGCUCAUACCGUGUCAGAACGGAACAUCCUUGAAGUUUUAAGACAUCCAUUCCUAGUUCGUCUGCACUAUGCUUUUCAGAAUCGGUCGAAUUUGUACAUUGUACUAGAGUAUUGCCCUGGUGGUGAACUCUUCCGUUACCUAGAACGUGAAGGCUUUUUAAUGGAGGAUGCAGCGUGUUUUUAUAUAUCUGAAAUAGCACUAGCAAUUGGUCAUUUGCAUUCUCUCGGGAUCAUCUACCGUGAUUUAAAACCUGAGAACAUUCUGCUUGACAAAGCGGGCCAUGUCAAACUGACGGAUUUCGGCUUGUCAAAAGAAGGUGCUUGUACAACGAACACUUUCUGUGGAACAAUUGAAUACAUGGCUCCCGAGAUCAUUCGGUGUGCUGGCCAUGGAAAGGCCGUCGAUUGGUGGAGUCUCGGAACUCUACUGUUUGACAUGCUCUCGGGCGGGCCUCCAUUUAGUCAAGAGGAGAACAAGAAAGCCACCGCGGAGAAGGUAAACCACGUUUUGCAUUUCACGAUUUUCUUGCAGAUUCUUAAAAGCCAGGUCAAGUUUCCUCCCUCAUUUUCUACUGAGGCAAUGAGCCUAAUACGUGGGCUUCUGAAGAAGGACCCGAAAGAAAGACUCGGAGCAAAGAAUGAUGUUGAAGAAAUCAAGCAACAUCGAUUUUUUAAGCGUUACGACGUGAAUUGGACAGACGUCUAUGAUCGAAAAAUGGAGCCACCUUUCCGCCCUGAGCUGCUAUCUGAUUCAGACGUUUCCAUGUUCGAUCCUACCUUCACUGGCUUGCAACCCAUCGUCAGUCCGGGUAACGCCGACGAGUCCGUCCCUGGCGAUCUAUUUCAGGUGAAUUUUCCCUUUAUUCGUAACCUUUAA